AUGCGUUUCUCGUUCCUGCCAUCGCUGCUGCUCAUUGGAGCUAGCGCUGUCUCCGCUGCCUCGUCCUGGGGCUUUGAGGAGGCCACGCUGACUGUCACCUCAAAGGGCUCAGGCGUCGGCAGCGGCCUGAAGGAGAAGUUUGGCCCUCAGUCUCCCAUCGAGAAGCCCGUUGCGCUGGGCCCGUCGGACACGCUCAAGCUCCUCCUCACCACCCUCGACGGCAAGAAGGCCCAGCGCCCGCACCAGGCUUUCCUGACCCUCACCGACCCCGCCACCGGUCUGCAGGAUUCGUUUGCUCUGAGCGUCAAGGACAAUGGCAAGGGCAAGAUUGAGCUGACGCAAAAAGACCUUGCGGUCCAAUUCCUCACCACCGAAUCCCCGGUCAAGGCCUCGCUCAUCAUCGCCUCCUUCGGCUCUUCCGUCCCCUACAAGUCCGCCGUCUUUGACCUUGACGUUUCGCGCGACCCAAACACGCCUCUGGCGCUUCCCGAGCCGCCCGUGCGCUAUGGCAAGAAGGACGAGAUCCACCACAUUUUCAAGGAUGACCCCAAGAACCCUCCCAAGGUCAUCACCCUCGUCUUCACUGCCGCCGUCGUCGCCGCGCUUCCCGUCCUCUUCGGCGCCUGGGCCAUGCUGGGCGCCAACAUCGCCCACGCCCCCAAGGCCUUCGGCGCCGCCCCCGUCUCGCACGGCCUCUUCUUUGGCUCCAUCAUCGCGCUCGAGGGCAUCUUCUUCCUCUACUACACCGCUUGGAACCUGUUCCAGACGCUCCCGGCCGCCGUUGCCGUCGGGCUUGUGGCCUACGUCAGCGGCAGCCGUGCGCUGUCUGAGGUCCAGGAGCGGAGACUUGCUGGCCAGAGAUAA